CAUCCGCCUUUAACGACUCUGCUAUCGAUUUCUCUGCCAUGAGGACCAAACGAGCCGAACACAGAAUCAUGGAUACGACUCGUUUGAAAAAAAAGCGCAAUUCGCCCAAGAUAGCCUCGCCUAAACCUUAAAUAUCGCCAUAAAUGUUGCCUCGAAAGUAACACGGGCAAGCUCAAGUGGCGGAAAUGUCGACAAAGAAACUAGCCAAAGAAUUAGGACUUCUCAGGCAACGUAGUCAGUCAUCCGCUGGGCAAAAAAAGACUCUGCUGUCAAAUCAAUCAUUUUCAUACCUCAUCAUCAUUGACUUUGAGUCCACGUGCUGGCGAGAGAAAAACAACCACACUCAGGAAAUAAUCGAGUUCCCCGCUGUUCUUCUCAAUACGUCCACGGGGGAGAUUGAGUCCGAGUUUCACGCCUACGUUCAACCCCGGGAGCGUCCAAUACUGUCAGCUUUCUGCACCGAGCUAACUGGGAUCACACAGACCCAGGUGGAGGCAGGCGUGCCCCUCCGUAUUUGUCUGUCUCAGUUCGGCCGCUGGCUGCAGAAGCUCCGCCUCGAGAAGGCCGUGGUCUUUCCCGCUGGGCAACUGAACUCCCCCACCGAGUCACCUGGACAAAAGCUCUGUGCUUUCCUCACGUGGUCAGAUUGGGAUCUGGGCGUUUGUUUGCAUUAUGAGUGUAAACGCAAGCAGAUCCACAAACUGGACGUGCUCAAUAGCUGGAUCGACUUGAGGAACACAUACAGGAUGUUCUACAGCAGGAAACCCAAAGGUCUGAAUGGCGCGCUACAAGAUUUAGGAAUACAGUUUUCUGGCAGAGAACAUUCCGGUUUGGAUGAUGCCAGGAACACCGCUCGGCUGGCGGCGAGGAUGAUGAGGGACGGAUGCGUGAUGAAGAUCACAAGAAGCUUGGAGGGGACCCCAGCGGCAGUCAAACCAAUGCUGACAAAAAACGGCGAAAAAGUCUGUGAUCAGAACAGUGGAAACCAUCAAACUGCAAAAAGUAAAACGACGUCCACUGGGAAUAAGAAUCUGGUCGUGAACCUUGAGGACCGAGACUCCGUUCAGAGUCUGGUGUCCCCAAAGACAGUUCUGGACGGUAAGACAACACUGAGGGGCAUCCGCAAAAACGACAAGGGUUUGGUUCUGUGCUCCACCAUUCUUGGUAGCCUCGAACCUCCGACCUUAAAUUCUGAAAGUGUCGAGGACUUCUCCGUGGAAGAUGACGACCGGUCAACGUAUGACGACGUGGUUCUGGAGGCCUCCCAGGAGGGGCUCGUUUUGGAUUACGACGCGCAGGAUUAUGAGGCUCCGCCGGUGACAAAAUCAAACACACCGUGCAUAUUCAAUCCGAAAUGCUUCUUCAUCCAAGAUAAGAAACCCACCCCUGACUCCGCCAUUUCGCGUCCUGGUUGCAAUGGCGUCUCCAGGGAGCCAAACAGGGGCGUCCUCCCCGCGUUGUCCAUCAAUGGAAAGAUGACUUCGCCGCUUUGCGACUGUGGACGCCGCGCCAAGCAUCUGCAGGUGUCCAAUGGGGGACCCAACCAAGGGAAGGGGUUCUACUGCUGCGCCGGCCGUCGCUCAGUUAGCGGUAGGGGGGCGGGGCCAAACAAAAACAAGGGGUGCCAGUUUUUCCAGUGGGAGUCAGCCCUAAGGGCGAGGUGGUCUAUUUCAACAACUCAGGUCAGAGCUACACGGCCGGCUCUAAAGUCCACGCUGAGGAAGAGCUGGUAACAAUCAAAAAGACUUAUCCAUAAUAUUGAAAAAAAAAACCCAACAAAAUCAUGUCGCUUUAGGGUUUCCAAAUGAUGCUGUCAAGCCUUUUGUAGGAGGGCUGAAGGAUUUUGAAAAAGAAUGUACCAGUAGUUGAGAAAUCCCGCGAGGGUCGACUGUACGCAAAUGUUUUAUAGGUUUGAUAUUUGCAUAAAGACAAAAAAAACCCUAAAUUUACAUCGUGCCACAGUGUUGAGACUCCGAUAUCGCAUGACUCCAAGUCCUUUUGUGACAGGGUACAUUUCAGUGAACUGUAUUGGAAGACUGUCGUAAAACCACGCAGUGGUAUGUUUAAUUGUCAAUAUCGACAAACUGUUCCUCUGAAAAGGAACCGUCUGAUGCAAGAAAACGUGGCGUUUCUUCAACUUUAUAUUUUGAGUCACUGGUUGCUUUCAAUUGUUGUUUAAUGGUUGUCAAUAUUGUGCAUAAUUAAUGCUAAAAUUAGUUUUACGCUUACUUAAGGAUUGUCUACAAUAUCUGAAUGCUUUCUGAUAUAGAAAUGUAAAUAAAUUACAUUUUUCUUGA